AUGUUUGAAAAUGUUGAUGAAACACCGAAUAAUGUCUGUGGUGUCAUUGGGAAUCGUUAUGUGAUUGCAGGACCUGUUGAUGAACCAGUCGAGAAACCAUUCAUGUAUUUUCACUUGCACGAUGAUUAUCCAAAAGGCGAGAAAGAAAAGCCAUUGUAUGCGAUGAUUGGGCGGCAUGCGCAAUCCUAUGGACCGAUACAUAUGUCCAUCAGAGUAUUGGAAACAGUUAAGGAUAGAAGUGUACACUUCCCAGAAAUUGUUCUACGUGGGAAAAUUGAAAAACUUUACUUCGGAAGUGAAGGAGAACAAGAAGCGGAACUUGAUCCGGAACACGGUGGUCGGCCUUUCGCAAUCAUCAAAUACGACGCUACUCCAGUUUCGGUGCUUUCUUUCUUAUCACCAGAAAGGACUUUACCAAGUGUGUUAUCCUUAAUGAUUGGUCUUGGAUGUGUUCGAGCAUUGGCAGCACUGAAUCGUGCCGGUUUUGUGCACCGUUUUGUAACGCCCUUUAAUUUUGCGAUCACAAAUCCAUUAACGAAGACGAAUAUCCUAGAGAAGAUGAUCAUCACUGAUUUCAGUGCCGUUUUACCCUGGCCAUGCAAGCCACGCAUAUUUGUACCAUUUGUUGGUUCCUAUCGAUAUAGCUCUGUAAGAGCACAUUGGGGACGUGAACAAGGCCCAUCAGAUGAUAUUAUAUCAGUAAUUUAUAUGGUCGCUGAAAUGUUACACGGAAAAUUACCAUGGCGAUCGCUAAAUGAUGAUGAGGAUCGAAUUUGCUAUAUUAAAACAUAUUUCUACAAAACGAAUGCUUUUAAAAAAUUGCCACGUCAGCUAAGACAGAUUUACCUAGAAAUGCUUUCGAAAACAGGUUCAGCACAUGUUGACUUUAAAUCUAUUAUUGAAUUGUUCAAAAAAGCGAUCGAUAACAGAGAUUACGAUAACUUUCAAAUACCAGAAUGGCUUACCUAUGAUUAA